AUGUUUCAGGUUAUACCAUUGAUACUCCUUUUAUCGUCACCCUCAUUGGUGAUAGCAAAGGAUGCCGUAGAACUACUACAAUUUGACAAUUUCGGGUACACAGGAGCAUACUCUCCAGUUAGCGCUUUAAAUGAUAUAUAUAGUGAUGAUUGCUCUUGUCAACUUUCACCAAACCAAGUGACAUUUUCAGGUCCAAAUACACCUUUAAAUGAGGAAGUUAGUGUUCAUUUUAGAGGCCCUUUAAUAUUAAGGAAAUUCGCUUCUUAUGUCUCUGAUGGGUAUGUUUAUGGUGAGGAUUCGUCAGGUAAUUGGAAUAGAAAAAGUUAUUAUGAUUCAGAAAGCGGUACUAGUGAAAAUAUCACUUUCCUAACACGUGCUGGGAAAAACUCAUCUUGUUUGGGUCUUGGGUUGACAUAUGCUGAUAAAAGUGGUAUAAAGGCUGCAAACUCCUCUACUGUGUUGGCCAAGGAUUCACUAAUCAACUCCAAUGAUGAGUUUGCCAUUUUCACAAAUAUAUCUUGUCAAUCAUCGGGGUUAAAUAACGAUUGUGGUGUCUAUAGACCAGAUAUACCGGCAUAUCAUGGAUUUUACGGUACAACAAAAAUGUUUUUAUUUGAGUUUCAAAUGCCUAAUGAAACACACACUUCACCAGAAAUUUCCAAUUAUAACAUGCCUGCUAUUUGGUUAUUAAAUGCACAAAUUCCAAGAACUGCUCAAUACUCACUAAAUGUGAAUUGUUCUUGUUGGAGAUCUGGUUGUGGGGAAUUUGAUAUCUUUGAGGUCAAGAACAAGACCGAGUAUUUGCAAUUGUCUUCAACUAUACAUGAUUAUCAAGGCACAGCUGAUAUAGAAUCAGGAUUAGCAAUCAAUGACUAUAUUGAAAGAAACUUGACUGGUACAAUGAUUGGUGGUGUCACCUUUGAUUCGAAAGGAGUCGCUACUGUUUGGGUCUCGAAUUCAACGUCCUUUAAUGAAACUUUGGCUGCUUCUGAUGUCAACUCAUGGAAUAAAGAUGUUGCGGAAGCGCAAACUACUUCAUUGGCGUCAGCGUCAUUGGCAAGUAAAACAGAUGGUGCAUCAACAAGUUCAUCACAUUCAAAGAAGGGUGAUGCUUUAGCUUAUGAACCUUCAACUUUGAUCAAUGCAAUUGCAGCAUUCUUGGCAAUGUGGGUAAUAUAG